AUGAUCAAGGGCAAAAUAUUUGAGAAGUGUAAGAAGUACUUUGAAGAGUAUUUGUUCGGCUUCGAUCAGAACCACCUCAAGACUUCAUUCCUAACCGGUAAAAUUGACUUGCACAAUGUCAAUAUAAGGCCUGACAAGGUCAACGAGAUUUUUUCAAAACAGGGACUCCCUAUAGCUCUAAAAGCUGGACUUAUAUCAGAACUAAGCAUCAAAGAUUUUGAAAACGACAUUAAUUCGACCUAGUAUGAUGACUAGAAUCCCCUGAAUAACAUUUUGAAAAUGCAUCAUAAAGUUUACUUGCAAAGGAAACAAGAAAAAGAUCAACAGAAGGAACAGCGUAAGGAGGAAUAAAAGAAGAAACAGGAAAAGCUAAAGAAAAAAACUACUGACAGCGGCAAACCCAAGGAAUUAAAAGAACCUCCAAUGAAAGUGAUAGUGAAUUUACUAGGAGGACUUAAGUUAGAAAUAAAGAGAUUGCAUUUCAGAUAUGAGGAUGACUACUUCCAGCAUCAUAAACCGUUUGCCUUCGGACUUAUGAUCGAGAGUAUAGUGAUGGAUAACUCAGAUACUGACUGGACAUUUGAGAGUUUAACCAGCAUGGCAUUCUAGAGAAAUAAGCCUAGCAAUCCAAAGACAACUAACAAGGAGUUGAAUAUCAAGAAUUUGAAAGUUUAUUGGAAUUCUAUGAGUGAAAUGUUUGUGCCUACCAGUUUGUGGGAGUAAACAAGGCACUUGGAGUUUUAGAUAUUCGAAGCAAUGGACGCCUCGUUCCUCAAAGAAAUCAUGGUUGAGUAAGAAUAUUAAUCUAAACUUAUUAGUGCAUUUGGAGAGAAGUAAAGCUUAUCUUAUCACUUCCUAGUCUCACCCUUUACUAUAUACACAUCAAUCAACUUGAAUCCAGGCUAAACUGCGCAGGAUCCCUACAAGUAUCAAAUCAAUGCCCUCAUUUCAACCAUUAAUGCUAACCUGCAUCCUCACCUGAUCAGGGAUAUCUUGAAGUUUCAAUCUUUCCUGGAGAUGUUUUCGUAUGCCUAGGAUUUAAAGAAGUAUCGGCCACUUAUCAAGAUCUAGUCCUUUGUUGAAUAGCAAGCUUAUACCCCUCAGCAAAAGAAAAAGCGAGCAGCUGUAAUCAGAGAAUGGUUUCAGCUGAUCCUGUGGUAUGUCCGUCUACGUAAGAUAUCCAAGGGCUUUGUCCCCUAUAAGCUGCUAGACAUUGAGGCUAAAUAUUAAGAUCAGAAUUUGCAAAAUGCAUUGAUGAAGGCGAAAAGAGCCAAUUUGCAGAACUAUGACUAUUAUCUGGGGUCCAGUGACGAGGAGGAAACAUUGAUUGAUACUAAGACUGGCAAGAAAUCAGCUAGGGGAGAUCAAAUGGAUGCUAUUGCUCAGUAUGAGAAGCAGCAGCAGGAUAUUAAGAAUACUGAGGUGCUUAGGGAAAUGAUUAAUGGGUUUAAGUUCUCACUUAGACUUGAAGGAGUCAAGGCCCAGAUUUUCACAUCUAAGAAAAUAGUCAGAUAACAUUAGGAGUUGCCGAGACUUCAGUUUUGUCUAGACUAACUCACGGUUGCAGCUAAUAUUCAAGGACAAAAUCUGUUUGCAAAAGUAUUAUUGAAGGAAAUUAGACUAGUUGAUCACUUCAAGAGAGAGUCUCUAAGAACAUUCAGCAGACAGGUGAACAAUAUGUCUAGAAGCAACAACCUUUACCAGGACUAGAAUCGAAUGCAGCCAAGAGAAAGUUCUAUCAAUCAGUCCUCAGUCAAGGGAGCCUAGAAUAUCAAUGGGGGCAAUCUCCAAAAGAACAUGUAAAAUGUAGUCAAUAAGCUCUUUGAUAAAUCUACCUCCAAUGCCUACAACACACCUGAUAGAAAAAUGCGAUUCACUGACAUCAUUUAUGGCUCCAAUGCUUCUUAAGAGAGAACAAGAAUGGGUUCAAGAGCUGUGCCCUAUGACUUUUUCGGACACGAAUUGCCUGAUCCUAACCAAGCUCAUCACAAAACUAGAGAGACACUAACUAUUUCAGACAUCCUAAAUAAUUAAUCUCGAGCACCUUCAUAGUAAAAUAUGGUCAGAUUCACCAAUAGAAACAAUUAGUCGCUUAUCUAAAACAACAACAAUAACAUACUUGACAAUUUGCAAAAUGCCUCUCCAACCAAGGGAAGUAUAGUCUAAAAAGCAUAAAAAUUCUAGCAAUCCCCUACUAAACAAACACAAGAAAGAACAGCAAUAAUGAACAAUGCUUACUUAGCUCUGAGGUCUGAGAAUUUCGUUGAUGAUAGUCUAGAGAGUGUCGAGCGUAGAUGCUUCUUAUUGCUAUGUGGGAAGACACCAAAUAUUGACUCUGCUAUUUCUAUUGAAAUUUCCUCUAACAUAUUUGAUGAGCCAGGUCUAAAGAAAAAAAUCAACUUAAAUCUCUAACUUGAUCAGAUUAUCAUUGAAUAUUGCAAUGACAUCUUGAAAAGUCUCACAGACAUUGGUUUACAGUACAAACUUGCUUUCAAUUUUUCAGACCUCAAAGCUGCAAAAGGACCUAAUAAAUUAAACAAAAAGAGAGGACUGUAGACCUCUAUUUAGUACUAUGCACCACUUUACACUCUUAAGAGAUUGCUUUUGAAGCGAGCGUAGUCUGCCACAGAGGAUCAAAUCAAAGUAUACACUAAAAAAUUCUAUCUAGACAAAGAGAAAAGUAAAACAAAGAGUGAAGUAAUGAGAGAAGCUAAGGAAAAAUAGAUGAAUAUAAUAUAAAAGAUCAAAGAAGUUGAUAAAAAGCUCAAUGAUAUCAACUUUGAUGUGGGAAUUGUACUUAAAAACAUAUACCUAGGAAUCACUGGAGAUAAAGAUGAUCCUUUCGUUUCUAACUAAACUUUACUUGAAUUUGGUAUAGAUAAUUAAGGUAUAUAUCUAAACAAGCAAGACUUCAAAUGCAAGGUAGCUGUGUUCGGAAUCUCUGUAACAACUCUCAAUUCAUUUGAAAUGCUCUUUGUCUUUGCAAAUAAUAUGAAGAAAGUAGUGUCUAUGUAUUCUGACAAUCUAGCAGUGCUUACAUCAAUCAAUAACUACAAAGAUUUCAUUAAGAACAUCAAUAAAAAUCUCGAAAAGUAACGUUAAAUACAGUAAUAAGAAGAGGAAAGCGAUAUGAUUCGCAAGAAGUUCUAGCCUUAAAUAGUAGUCACUCACAAUGAAAGUUAAAUGAGUCAAAGAGCUCAGUUCCAGCAGUCAACCAGUUAAAAGUAAAGCUAGGAAUCCUUAAGAAAUCCUAGUGCUUAUGGUUAGCCAACUAAAGAUAUGCAAUUUGAAUAGAAUAUAUUUUAGCGAGGUAAAAUGGGAAACGCUAUUGGCUAAGAAAAUGGUAAUGGAAUACCAAAUCAGCAGCCUUAAAUAAAGUAAUCAAAUCAAAGACUGGGCAACAAUCAAAUCUUUAUGAUGAAUCAAAAUACUCUUGCACCUGAUAGGCAAUAAGUGUAGAAGAGAAAUCCUAAUUUAGUUGAAAAUGAUGAUUAGUUUGACAGAAUUGGUGUGAAUCAAAAUCAAAUAUCGUUAGUAAAUCACAAUAACAAUCAAAACAGGCAAAUGAAUGGUGGUAUGUAAUCACUCAAUGCUAAUUUCAACAAUAUCAGAGGGAAGAAUGUGUAAAUCCUUGAAGAUUAGAACAGCGAUAGCUUUGUGAGUGACCAGCAAAGCUUUGAAUAAUAAAAGAAUGGAGGUGGAUUUGGAAACAGAGGCGGAUUUAAUCCCCAAUAGAAUAAUAAUAUACAGAGGAAUGAGACAGCUAACUUCAAUAGAAAUGAAACUGCCAAUUUUUAGAGAAACGAUACUUUCAUGCCCCCUAGAAAAAAAUGA